AUGAAGUUCACCAUCUCCGCUGUCCUGGCCCUCGCUGCCUCCGCCUCCGCCAUGUCUCUUGGUGGUGCUAAGGAGCAGUGCACCAACGGCGACCUUGCCUGCUGUGACUCCAAGGAGACUCUCUCUGGUGACGGUAUCCUUGGUAACCUCCUCGGCAAGGGUGCUCUUAACGGUCUCCUCGGCAACGACGACGCUGCCUGUGCUAAGACCAGCGCUCUCGACGACCUCAACGUCCUCUCCCAAACCAAGGACACCAACGAGGGUCCCUCUUGCAAGAACAUUGUUGCUUGCUGCCCCUCCGGCUCCGGCAAGUGCACUGCCAUCGACAACUAG